CUUUGUGGUGGGAGAGCAGUCUUUGGUCCUGAUGCAUCAUCUCUAUUCUUGACAACAUUUUUAAUUGGAGGUCCUGCAAUAGCAUUCUGCAUAAAGAUGCUGCUGCUGAUAAUCAGAAAUGAUGAUCCACAGUAUGACUAUCCAGUACUAGUCGGGGGAAUGGUCCUCACUAUUAUGGUUGGUAAAUUGAAGUUUCUUGGUAGAGAUCCAGGAAUAAUCCCUAGAAACUCUCAGCCACCUGAAUCAGAUGAAUCGGUUGGCAUUGCUACCCAAUCUAUGGAGUGGGUUAAUAACAAAAUUGCCGACUUGAAAUUGCAUCAUACAAAGGAUGUAGUUGUUAAUGGCCACAGUAUUAAAUUGAAGUUCUGCGACACUUGUCUGUUAUAUCGUCCGCCACGAGCUUCACAUUGCUCCAUCUGCAACAAUUGUAUUCAGAAGUUUGAUCAUCAUUGUCCAUGGGUGGGUCAGUGCAUUGGACUGCGCAACUACCCAUAUUUCAUAGGCUUUAUAUCCACAUCAACCACUUUAUGCAUAUAUGUGUUCGUGUUUUCUUGGUUCAAUGUUCUCCGGCAACAGGGAACUUUGUGGAGCAUUAUGUCUCAUGACGUUCUAUCUGUUGUUCUCAUUGCGUGCUGCUUUGUAGCUGUCUGGUUUGUUGGUGGGCUUACGCUUUUCCACCUCUACCUGAUUAGCACCAACCAGACCACUUAUGAGAAUUUCCGGUACCGCUAUGAUAAGAAGGAAAACCCCUUCAACAGAGGGAUCAUAAAGAACUUUAAACAAGUAUUCUUCUCGAAGAUCCCAGCUUCAUCAAUCAAUUUCCGAGAAUGGGUGUCGGAAGAUGAUGAUUCUUUGAUGGAUAAUUCAGACAUAAAUGGAAACUUCAUUGGGAAAGGGAAAUUUGACAUAGAAAUGGGAGGUAAAUUUGGCAAAGAUGGGGCCAUACAUCUCCCAAGUGUUUUGCAGGAUUUGGAUUAUGGCAGUCUUAAAGAUGAUUUGAAGAAAAAGGGAGAAGGAAAAGCCGCAUUUGACCCCUUUUUCUUUCCUGCUGAUCAAGAACAAACAAAUUCACCACAGACCUCCAGGGAUAAAAGCAGUGCUGCUGAAGAUAAAAGGAAACAAUAGCUUUUAUGAUAGCUAGACGUUCAUCCAAGGUAAAUGUAGUUCUUUUAACCUGUCCAUGACGUAUGCACUGAUGCUUUUAUGAAAGACUAAUGUGAUCCAGAACACUAAAAUUAUAGACAAUCCAGUAAACCAAUUCUGCAUAGAACUCAAACACCUUGGCAGCUUUGAAACAGUGCAUCAACGUCGCAUAGCAGUUGACAGAUUAAUGAACUUAAGUUUGGCGAUGAUUCCAAGUAAAAUGAAAGCUUGUUGUUGUAUCAAAUGCUGUAAAGAAACAAUGAAGUAAACAAUUUCUUUUUGUUGAAUUGAAAUUCAAUCUAUUCCAUGUGUACAAAAACAAAAAGUUGAAAUGGAGGUGUUUUUCGGCAAGUCGGAUGGCUUAGAACAUAGAAGAACUGAUCAGCAACUUGCUUGAUUUUUUGUUGUUUUUGUUUUUCAGACUCAAGUUUUGAAUGUUUUUAUGUCUGGUGUACAAAUUGUUCUUAUGAAUGAAGUAGAUUAGAG